AUGGCCAUGGGCACCCAGGGCUCGGGGCGCAAGCGGCUCCCCACCCGGGAGCGGCUGACGGCGGAGGACGACGCGCUGAACCAGAUCGCGCGCGAGGCGGAGGCCAGGCUGGCGGCGAAGCGUGCGGCCCGCGCCGAGGCCCGAGAGAUCCGGAUGAAGGAGCUGGAGCGGCAGCAGAAGGAGCCCUCGGAGCACAGUGGCCACCUCAACUCCAGCUCCCGCGCCUCCUCCAGAGCCAGCUCGGCUCGGGCCAGCCCAGUGGUUGAAGAUAGAGUAGACAAAGAUUUCACUGAGAAGGGGUCUCGUAGCCUGCCCGGCCUGUCUGCAGCCACGCUGGCCUCCCUGGGUGGGACUUCCUCCCGGAGAGGGAGCGGGGACACCUCCAUCUCCAUUGACACUGAGGCAUCCAUUCGGGAAAUCAAGGACUCACUAGCAGAGGUUGAAGAAAAAUAUAAGAAGGCUAUGGUUUCCAAUGCUCAGCUAGACAAUGAGAAGACAAACUUCAUGUACCAGGUCGAUACCCUAAAAGAUAUGAUGCUGGAGCUCGAAGAACAGCUGGCUGAAUCUAGGCGACAAUAUGAAGAGAAAAACAAAGAAUUUGAAAGGGAAAAACACGCCCACAGUAUACUGCAAUUUCAGUUUGCUGAAGUGAAAGAGGCCCUGAAGCAAAGAGAAGAAAUGCUUGAGGCCUUAGAGAGGCAGAAAGAGUUCUUUGAUUCCAUAAGGAGUGAACGAGAUGAUCUUAGAGAAGAAGUAGUCACGCUGAAAGAGGAAUUCAAGAAACAUGGAAUAAUCCUAAAUUCAGAAAUAGCUACCAAUGGAGAGACUUCAGACACUCUCAAUAAUGUUGGAUACCAAGGUCCUACCAAGAUGACAAAAGAAGAGUUGAAUGCCCUCAAGGCGACAGGGGAUGGGACACUAGGAAGAGCCAAUGAAGUGGAGGUGAAAAAUGAAAUGGUGGAGAAUGUGGGGAAAAGAGAAAUGUUGCAGAAUACUGAGCGAGAACAGCACAAAGAGGACCCAAUAAAGGAUUGUGUGGACACAGAGGUGUUACAUCCUGGUGAAAAUGCCGAGGACCAGAAACCCUCUGAAGACAGUGCCCCCUCCCUAGGAACAUUAGCAAAUGCUACAAAUGAGGAACAGGUUCAAAGCCAAAUUCUAGAGAAUGCUUCCUUCCUUGAAAAUACAGAGCAGGUUGAGUCGAAUGAGGUCCUAAACAUGCCAGAGGAUAGGACAGGAGCGACCCUUGAGCAGUCCAAAUGUUUGAGUGAAUUAGAUAGUGAAAUCGCAGAUCCUGUGAUUGGGCAGGACGGUUGUAAUGCCUUGGAUAUUGAAAAUCAAAGUAAAGAAUCUGCAGAAAAAGAGGAAGAAGAAAAACAAGAUUUUCAAACCAACUUGGGAGAGGUUAGCACAAAACCAUGUCAGGAAUCUGCUCCUCUGCAAAUCUCUGAAGUUGAAAGAGUGAGCAGUACAGACACUGGGGAGCAGAGUGGGAGCCCCACAAAGGGUGAUGCAGGGCUAACUGGAUUUGAGGAGCAAGUGGGCACAGUAGCCUCAAGUCCUCCAAGGUACAGUGAUGACACUGAGAGUCAUGAUGAAAAAUGUGUGGUAGAUGCCCCCAAAGAGUUGGACCCAAGUGCAGGGCAUGAUUUAGAGAAAGAACUCACCAACCAGGAAGUAGCUGAGCUGGAGGAGGUCCCAAUUCAGAGCGCAGAGGUAGGUGGGGAGAACAAUGAAGAAGAAGAUGAAGGAAGGGAAUUAAGGGGUGACAAACCAAUCCAGAUGGAAGUCCAAACCAUUCCUUGUUCUCCAGCAGCCGAAAGCAGUGCUCAGGAAGCAACAGGUCCAAGUAUGGUAGACGCUGAAAGAGAACCCCUAGAUAUGAAAGAACCCGAUGAAGAAAAGAAUGGCCAACAGGGAGAGGCAUUGGAUUCAUCACAGAAGAAGACAAAGAGCAAGAAAAAGAAAAAUAAGAAGAAAAAAUCACCAGCCCCUGUAGAAACCCUUAAAGAUAUUAAGAAAGAGUUAACAUUUCAGAACCCAGAUUUAAGUGAAGCUAAGGAAGAAGAGCAGGUAAAAUUUACUGAUGAAAAACCAGUUGUAGAAGCACAGAAUGAGGUCACUAAAAAUCCAGAACAGAAAAUUGUAGCAGGAAGCAGUGAAAAUGUGGAUUGUCCAGAAAAUCCUAAAAUUGAUUUGGAUGGAAACUUUAACCAAGAAGAUUAUGAUGUAAACACUAAGGCAGGGAAAGUAAUAGCUGAUGGAGACACAUUAAACUUUGAAGAUAAUACAGUUCAAUCGUCAGACACUAGUGAUAAAGAAUUAGAUGAAGGUGUUAUAAAAGAAAAUGCUAAAGAAGAUGGCGCCACUCAAAGCCAUCCUCCAGAACCAGAGAAUGAAGAGGCAUCUAGCAGCGCCCUGCUCGAGAAUGAAAGUCCCUCAAAGGACGUUAAUGAUGCCUCUCAAACAGAAAGUACAGAGGGGCUUGUGAUGUCAGAAUAUCCAAGUCAGACAGUCGGGAAGGGUUUAGAUAGCAGUAGUCUAGAAAACGAUGACUUGGCACCAGCGGGAGAGUUGGGAGACUUCAGUUCAGAAAGCAGAGAAGAGACAGGCAGAAAUGAGAAGGGCAGAAGCAAAGAAGACUGCUCGUUGUCGUAAAUCGAGGCUCGCUUGUAAGGUACAGUUUUAGAGAAGGGCCAAAGACUGCACAGUAAGUCCAACUGUAAAGACUCUUGUCUGUUAUCUCCACUGAUGAGAUUCAGAAAAUGUUCUAGAUUGAUAUAGAUGCACCAUACGACAAUCAACCACCAAGUUAUCUACUACUUUAAGUUAUAAACUGUUACUUGUAGAUUUAUAUUUCAUCAGUAAGGUUAUCACCCAGAUUAGAAAAACACAUUUGUUAUCAAUGUAAGUUCUAAUUGAGAGCAUUCCAGUAGUAUCAAACAAUAAGGUACACUGUUUAGAUUUCUGCUUAAAAUCAAAUAAAAAUAUUUAGCAUUUGCCUUAAGCUGAUAUGAAUGUGGCUAUUGACCAAAUACAUCAGCAUCUAAUUGAAAUGACCAAAUAGCAUUCUGAGAUUUCCACAUGAUGAGUAUAAUUUAAUUUGUCUCAUUCAAAUAUAUGUAUUUUCCUAUUUGAUUUUGAUAUGUACUUUAUAACCUGUAUGGGAUUUUAUUUUAAAAUGAGAUAAAGGGCCAAAUAGCACAUAGGUCACUGAGAGAGAAGGUUUGCACCUCAGGACAAUAAUUAAUCUUGUUAGGGAUUACUGACAUCUUAAAUCACUGGGGAGCUCUUACGUGCCUUUACCUCAUACAAGUAUUUUAUCUCAAACCAAUACUUUGAAUCUCAUUGUUGAUGAUUCCUGAAUGUUUUUGUGGGAGACUUUGGCUUCACUUCAUGCUGAUUAUGUACCAAAGUCAUUUUAUACAAAGAUUUUUUUUUUUUUUUUCUGGAAGAGACGUACGUUGAAAUUGCAUUUCCUACUGCAAUAUUUGGGCAGGAAGAAUCAUUUCUAAAAUUCAUUUUUUUAACCUUAAAAUUACUUCUUUAUUUGUCUAAUCAUUAUUCAAAAGAGCAAUUCAAAAAGGUCAUGUUCUUGUGCAAACUGAUAAUUAGACUAUAACAGGAUAUUUUAAAUAGUUGAAUCACUUUUGGUAUUUUGGUAUAAAUAUUUUUGUUGGUUGUUUCUCUGUAUGUUCUUAUUGGAAAGUUCUUGUUUUGAUCUUCCUGAAGGAAAUAUAUAUUUUCUAUAUAAAGAAGCAUUUAAAAAAAAUUGUAAAGUUAAAUAAAAAAAUUGUAAAAUAUUAAAAUCACAAAAGAAUGUAUGAAUACUGUUGACACUUUAUGAGAUUAGGUGAAUUCAUAUUACUGUUACAAGAUAUAAUUGAAUGCAAAAAAGACCAAAACCUCGGUAAAACUUGAGGCAAACAUAAGUGUUAUUAUGUAAUUGAAAUAAAAACAUUUUAUAAUUUUACAA